AUGCUUCCACAGCUACACGGCAAUUGUCAUACUAACCCAAAAGAUGUUAUGCCUCCUUGCAACUCUAGAACAUUUACAAUCCUUAGUCGACGCCUUCAGAAAGGCUUACGAUACGACUUUACUGACAAAUAUUUUAUGACAAUUGUUGUGUCAGCGCCAAUAUUAAUUAGAGAAUUCGCAUUUCUGGGAUUUGAACCCAUACCUAUUGUUCAUAAAAGUAAUCUAAUAUAG